AUGUUCCCGUUUCCGUUUUCUGUGGUGUUUGUUGGGCUUACGGCUGGCGCAUUGUUCGUCCUGAGCUUUCUACUCGCCACUAAGAGGGAGAGCGGCCGUAUUAGUAUCACACCUGCACAAGAGGUCGUUCCAGCACCGAAAACUUCACUCCGGCAAAGUGUGUACUUGUUCAUUGCUCAAGGGGUGCUAGUUGCAGUCUACUUGACCUUCAGCUCGGUUUUCACGGCAUGUUCAUUCAAAGAGCAAGUCGCGCUUCUUCUCUUUCUUCCUAUCAUGAAACUCGGUUUGAAGCACAUGGUGGCGCGACUCGCGUUCGGUAAUCCAGAAUCGAUCCCGGCCGUCGUAGUGUUUACCGUGGACGUCUUCAACGGGUUGUACAGCUCAAUUUGCAUCCAGGCCGCCAAGUCCUGGAGGACGUCGUUGCUAAUGAUAUCGUUGAACUUCUCCAAUACGAUGAUAUCGAUUUUUGACAUCGAUCAAGCAGCGCAAUUAUUCCGUGAGCUCGACAGAAAAAGUAAUGACUCCGCACAAGUACAGGUACUUUGGGAUACAAACUCUGACUCCCGAUACCGCUCGUCUAGCCUGGUGCAGAGCGCGAAAUGGCACACCCAGACGAAGUUAAACGCGAAAGGCACUACUAAUACUGCCGGUGUAAUGCUGUUACCUUCGCGUACGCCAGCGUCCGUCACUACGAGGAAAUCAGACAUUUCGACUGCCCUGCUAUUCCACCUGGAGUACCGAGCGCUUGUUGGCUAUAUCGAAGCUGCGAUCCCGAUGCUGUACGCCAUGCACUUGUCGAUCCUGGUGCACAUGUCAAGCGUCAAAUACUACCCAACACUCGAAACCUUACGUCGGACCAGCUACAAACCAAUGUGCUGA